AUGCCCUUAACCUCUGUAGGCGAGUGGAGGGCAGCGACUCCUGUUGGUGGCCCACCUGUGUGUCAUUUCAUUUCAUCCCUUUGUGCUCGCCGAAGGGAGGCCUCAUCUCGCUCAUCCGCCGUUGAUGCUCCUGUCCCCCCCCGGUGCUUUCUCUCCAUUGCUCUCUCCUCUUUCUCCCUGUCCCCCAACUGCCAGCGGUGUUUCUCGAGGACUGCGAGAAGGCAUGGGGAAAGACGCUCCCAGGCUGGGCCCAGUGUUUCUCGAGGACUGUCAGAAGUGGUGUUCCUCAAGGACUGCCAGCCAGAAGGCAUGGGGAAAGACGCUCCCAGGCUGGACCGUGGCGGCGUUUCUCGAGGACUGUCAGAAGGCAUGGGGGAAGACUCUCGCAGUCUGGACCGUGGGAUUUACUCUCGAUUUCUCUCUCCUUCGCUUCCCUCCUGUCCCCCAACUGCCAGCGGUGUGUCUCAAGGACUGCGAGAAGGCAUGGGGAAAGACGCUCCCAGGCUGGGCCGUGGGUGCUACCUGUGGCAAUGUUGGAGUCACAUGCGACGCUUCAGGCAUGAUUCCCCCUGUCCCCCAACCCAACUGCCAGCGGUGUUUCUCGAGGACUGUCAGAAGGCGUGGGGGAAAGAUGCUCCCAGGCUGGGCCGUGGGUGCUACCUAUCCCUCUCUCUCCCUCUCUCUCUCUCUCUCUCUCUCUCUCUCUCUCUCUCUCUCUCUCUCUCUCUCUCUCUCUCUCUCUCUCUCUCUCUCUCUCUCUCUCUCUCUCUCUCUCUCUCUCUCUCUCUCUCUCUCUCUCUCUCUCUCUCUCUCUCUUAUUCUCUCUCCUCUCCUGUCCCCCAACUGCCAGCGGUGUUUCUCGAGGACUGUCAGAAGGCAUGGGGGAAGGCGCUCCCAGGCUGGGCCAGGGGUGCUUAUUGUGACGAGAUUAGCGGAGUCAGCUGCGACAGUGCAGGCAUGAUCACAGUGAUAUCUCUGAAGAACCAAACUCUCAAUGGGUCUAUUCCUGACAGCAUCUCCUCUCUCACUUCACUAUCUGACCUAACUCUUACAAACAACAAUUUGAUUGGCUCCAUCCCCAACAGCAUCUCUGGGCUUUCUCAGCUCACCUUCCUGUAUGAACCACCUCGUUUCAGCCUGGUGAUCAGCACGAACAUGACCAAAGAUGGCAUGAAGCCUAAAACCCUCGAGAGAAUAUUCGCAGCCACAUAA